CGGGAGAAAGAGUAAGAGGCCUGGCUCCUCCUAAACCGGCUGUGGUCUCUGACUCACGUGCUCACCAGGAAGUUAUUCAAAACGGAUCGUGGAUGGAUGUUACCGAUCUUCCCAACUUUUUUGGAAUUGGGGUUGUACCAUGAACUUCAAUGAUAUGAGGAUAAGAGUUUAAACAUUUUAAGAUGGAUGCUGGUGCCUUUUAUCGCUCUGACUUCUACAUUGGUUUGUCACUCGCCAUCAUCUCAAGUUUCUUCAUUGGUGGAAGCUUUAUUUUGAAAAAGAAAGGACUCUUAAGACUUGCAAGCAAGGGUUCCAUGAGAGCAGGUCAAGGUGGAUAUGCAUACCUGAAAGAAUGGUUGUGGUGGGCCGGUCUCAUAUCAAUGGGAGUAGGUGAAGCAGCAAAUUUUGCAGCAUAUGCCUUUGCACCUGCCACGUUAGUGACACCUUUGGGAGCAAUGAGUGUUUUAGUAAGUGCUGUGCUUUCAACAUAUUUCCUGAAUGAAAAACUGAACGUCCAUGGGAAAGUUGGCUGUGUACUGUGCAUCCUUGGCUCAACAGUGAUGGUGAUCCAUGCUCCUCAGGAGGAGGAGGUUGCUUCUCUGAGUGUUAUGGCAGAGAAGCUUAAAGAUCCAGGAUUUAUCAUUUUUGCCAUCUGCAUUGUUGUAAGCACCAUGAUCCUGAUCUUCUUUGUUGUGCCUCAUUAUGGUCAGAAGAAUGUGCUGGUGUACAUCCUCAUCUGUUCAGUGAUUGGUUCAUUAUCUGUGUCCUGUGUGAAAGGCCUUGGUAUUGGCAUCAAAGAACUUUUUGCAGGAACAGCAGCGCUAAAAGAACCUCUGUUCUGGGCUUUACUUGUGUGCCUUGUAAUAUGUGUCAGCAUUCAGAUCAGCUACCUUAACAAGGCUCUAGACAUAUUUAACACCUCUAUUGUCACACCUAUCUAUUAUGUCUUUUUUACAACUUCUGUUAUGGUGUGCUCAGCUAUCUUGUUCAAAGAGUGGCUGCGUAUGUCCACUGAUGGAGUUGUUGGAACUGUUAGUGGGUUUCUUACAAUUAUCAUGGGCAUUUUCCUCCUCCAUGCUUUUAAGGACACUACUUUUAGCUGGGAUUCACUGCCUCUUUAUUUGCAUGGUGCCCCACAAGGCAGCGCAUGGAACCAAUCCUAUAUUGCCUUGUCAACCCAUGAGAUUCUGAGGGGUGAUAUGGGCAAGCUGACCCCAAGAAGUAACCCAAAGAGCUUCUCACCUUAGAAUUCAGGUAGGAACAACAAGCACUCAGUACAUGGCAUGUAAAAAUGCCAUGAUGCACUGAUGUAAAUUUCACUGAUUUUGAAAUGAGCAUUUGCUAUUUUUUUUAGCCAAAAUAAAAUUUGCAGGCUAUUUUCAAAUAUAAAAAUCUCCAGAAACAUGGGGCUCCUGAGUGAAACACAUGUGAAUGGGACAUUGCUAGUCCAGUCUUGUGGCUGGAAGGCCAAGAGAGUAUAAUUGGUAGAGUUGGCCAGGAUGGGAAUUGGCAAUAACUGAAUUGCAGAUUUUCUUUUUUAUUUUGUUUUAUUUUCUAGAUUAUGUGAGUUUUUAUUCCAGUCAUAUUUGCAUAUUUUUAAAAAAAAUCAGAAACAAAGGAUAACAUUUGAGAUCAUUAUGCAUUGUGAAUCAUUUCCUAAAUAAUAAUUGAACUAAUUUGAACCAAAUCUUUAUGAGAUCAGAGAUGUACACUCCUACUCAUUGCCCAGCUAAAUCUUAUAUAUCAAUGAAAAAAAUAGUUUUCUCAUUUGCAAAACGUUUUUGAGCACAUGGAAUACUUAGAAUAUCAUUUGAAAGUAUUUUGCAUUUUUAAUGGAAAGAAAGUUUAAUUAAAAUAUUUUAUUGGCAGGUGUGACAAGGAUUAAGAAGAAUGCAGUCUGACAAAUAGCAAAUGAAAGCCCUGUACACUGCCAUGAACGGCAAAUUUUAUUUGUUUAUACAGGAAACACUCUUCUGCUGUAAGUGCUUUGAGCCUGCUAUGGAAAAGGUCUUUUAAUACCAGCACCUGAACAACACCAAAUAAAUUCUGUUUACUGUUAGUAAACCCAGAGAUCAUCCUGGGGAAGCCUCAUUUCAUCAGGUUGUGGUGUGGACUUUAAUAACGUCAGAAUUAAGCUGCAAAAUGUGUGUAGUCUGGUUUACAUAUUUUUUAUUUACUCUGUGGCUCGAACUUUUUGACUUGUUAGGCUCACAAUGUAGUUUUACGGCUUAUAUUAGUUGGUUUGUGUAGUGGUACAGUCAUUUAUAUAUGAAGUACAAUGUUUCAUUGAAGCCACAUGUAUAUACCACAGGAAAUGUGAAAUAAACCUUAAAAUAAGUUUAUCAUGUCUA